AUGAGAUCACAGGAUGUACAGAUUAAGGGAGUUAAGCCCAAUAUUAUCAAUGAACGUUCUUUGUCACAGGAAAAUGGUUCCUCCCAUGAUUCAUGGAAGAAUUUAAUAUCGUCAGCAAAAGACACUCCUCUACAAUAUAAUCACAUGAACCGUAAAACCCUGAAAAAAUACUUUAAUCCGAAUGCUCAGCUCAUUGAAAAUCCAGUAGAUGUACCAAUUCAAUUUAGAGUAUGCGAAAAAUGCGGGAAGCCUUUAGCUUUGACGGCAAUUGUGGAUCAUCUGGAAAACCAUUGUAUGGGGGUUUCUGAAAAAAUCAACGUGAAAGGUGAAAAUACAACUCUCGGAAAUGAUAGUACAAAUGAAAUAUCACGAGAUGAAUUGGAAUCAACUAAGGCAAAUGAUGAUGAUGACGAUGACGAUGACGAUGACAACAGCAACAGCAACAGCAACAGCAACAGCAACAACAACAACAACAACAAUAACAAUAACAAUAACAAUAACAAUAACAAUAACAAUAAAAAUAACAACAACGAUGAUGAUGACGACGAUGAUGAUGACGAUGACGACGAUGAUGACGAUGAAGAUGAAGAUGAUGAAGAUGACGAUGAUGAAGAUGGCGAUGACGAUGAUGAUGAUGGCAACGAUGCCAACUACAGGAAGGGCGACUCGUCUUUCAACCCUUUAAAAAGAUCUACAUCUAUGGAAUCCGCUAACACACCAAAUACAGAUACAAAGAGAUCCAAAACUGGAACACCUCAGAAUUCCGGCUCCUCCACAAGAAAGCAAAAGAAGGUCAAACAAAGAAAUCCAACUGAAAAACAUUUAAUCGAUUUUAAUAAGCAAUGUGGCGUGGGAUUACCUGAGGGUGGCUAUUGUGCACGUUCAUUAACGUGUAAAUCCCAUUCAAUGGGUGCCAAGCGGGCUGUUUCUGGGCGCUCCAAGCCCUAUGAUGUCUUGCUAGCCGAUUACCAUAGAGAACAUCAAACAAAAAUUGGUGCAGCAGCUGAGAAACGUGCUAAGCAACAAGAAUUACAAAAAUUACAAAAGCAAAUACAAAAAGAGCAGAAGAAACAUACUCAGCAGCAAAAGCAAGGCCAAAGGUCGAAGCAAAGAAACGGGAAUGGUGGAAAGUCUGCUAAAAAUGGUAAUAAAAAUGCAGCCCACAGCAGUAACAACACCAACGAAGGGGGGCAUAUUAGUUUGACUCCCGAAGAGGAAACCACACAGGUGCUAAAUGGUGUAUCACGAUCUUUCCCGUUGCCAUUGGAGUCAACGGUACUGUCCUCAGUUAGAUACAGGACGAAAUAUUUCAGAAUGAGAGAAAUGUUUGCUUCCUCCUUUUCUGUGAAGCCCGGAUAUACUUCUCCAGGUUACGGUGCGAUUCAUUCUCGUGUUGGAUGUUUAGAUUUAGAUAGAACAACAGAUUAUAAAUUUCGUGUGAGAACGCCACAGCCAAUGAACCAAAUAACGAACCAAAACCUCAAUCCGAAACAAAUCCAAAGAUUACAACAGCAAAGAGCCUUGCAGGCACAACUUCUCUCUCAGCAGCAACAGCAACAGCAACAACAACAACUGGCACAGGCUCAAGUCCAGGCCAAUACUCAACCACAAGCUCAAAGUAUGGCUUCCAAUCAAUUCCCGAGCGGGGCAACUAAUGCAUCAUUCAAUCCAAGUAUGGCAAACAAGCAAGUUCAGCAGCAAGUUCAGCAGCAGCAAGUUCAGCAACAGCAGCAUAAGCCUCAAGAUACGGGGCUCACACCGCAAGAGAUUCAGUCACAACAACAAAAACUACGACAACAGCAAUUGCAACAGCAAAAAUUCGAAGCUGCUGCCUCAUAUCUGGCUAACGCUACCAAAUUAAUGCAAGAAUCAAAUCAGGAUAGUCAUUUACCCACCAACAACAAUAAUAAUAAUACUAAAAACGGUAAUAACAAUUUAAUGGCGAUGAAGACAUCUAUAGCUUCUCCUAAUGCUAGCUUGAACGGUAUACAGUCUCCUUCCGGUAUGAACAGUGCCAAUGGCUCUGGCCAAGUUGUCUCUGCCGGUAUUAACGGCUCUAAUAAUAACGGGAGAAUUGAAGUUGGCAUUGGAAGUUCAGUGAAUUCCUAUAACGGCAGAGUAAAUUGA